AUUCACUCUAAUUGCAUGUCUCAAACAGAUAGCACCAAAACAUCAGGCUAAAAAAUAAAAAAAACACUAAUAAGUCCUUUGAAAGAAGCACUUUCAUAAUUAACGAAAUCAUAUAAAUUUUUCAUACCAAAUGAAGAGGAUGUUAUUGUUGUUCUUGUUGAUCUUCCAUGCCAUAUAGACUUAUAGGAAGCAACAUCUCGAGCACUCAAACUAGUGCCCAAACACAAUCCAGUAGAUUAGAAUCAAAAUAAUUAUGACAUUUAUGUGGCCAAGAAAAAUGGUUAGCCUAAAAUGGAUUUUCCUUCAUACUAAACAAAUUUAAGACUUGAAGAAACAGGAAAUUUCGUAUUUUCCUUAGUUCAUGUUACAUAUUAAGAAAAAAAUAUAAGAAAAUCAAUCAGAAAAUCCACCUAUGAUUUAUCACAUUAUCAAAGUCCAACAUAGCCUUCAAGAUCAAAAGAAAUCAAUAAAUAUUUACCUAAACCAGAAAAAAAUUGGUUACUUCGAUUCUUAGGAUGUGCUUGA